AUGCUGGCGCGCCUCGUGCUCCUGCUGCAGGUCAAACUUGGCGCGCCCCUGCUUGCGGCGCCGCGCACGGCCGUCCGGUGCGUCAUGCUGGGCGCGGCGCGGGCGACGCGUGUGGCACACGUGCUCCGGACAACGCAGCGGCACGCGUCGCACGGGCCCAAAACGUACGGCAAGGGCGAGUUCCGCGGCUUCACUCCGCCCCACGUGCCCAUGUGGCAGAAGCGGGUCGGCGAGGGCUUCGCGACCGCUGCGUGGCUCUGGUUCUUCUGGCGCUGUUACCACGAUGGCGGCCACCUCGUGGGCAUGUGA